GAUCGUCAGACAUCGCCUCUUCUCUCUUCUGUGGCUGUGGAGGGUCCUCCCGCACUGCGAGCGGUGCUGUGCCGAAGCUUUUUUUAAAUUUAUCAUCAUAUGCUGCCUGCUUCGCAGCACACCGCAUGAUUUUUUUAAAUCACCAUUUUAAGCAGCGCUGACGCAUCAGAGGGCUUCAUGACUGGGACAGUGUGUCGGGGUAUGGUCAGCUCCUGAUGGCCCAUGUCUUCCAAAACCAGAUUUCCUGAUAUUGAUUCUGUGUGUAAUCUGGGACAUGGACAGACGGAGCCCAGGAGACAGACAGGCAGACACCAGUAAGACAGUAACCACUGCAUCGUCAUCAUCUGUCGUCACCAUGGCAACACCCAGUUCCAGCGCCCAGCCGCCCUCUACCUCCCUCAGCAUCAUCCCACCAGACAGACAAGCAGUCCAGGUGAUCCAACAUGCCAUGAACAGACCUCAGAGCAUGGCGGCCCAGUACUUGCAUCAGAUGUACGCAGCCCAGCAGCAGCACUUCAUGCUGCAGACAGCAGCCCUGCAGCAGCACCAGCAUCCCGCACAUCUGCAGAGUCUGGCUGCCAUCCAGCAGGCUUCAGUCUGUCAGAGGUCACCUUCUUCUUCUACAGGCAGUUUGGUUCAGGCUGCGGGUGUUUCCCAAAACUCGAUAACUUUACCAGCAUCUCCAGUGACGGCAAGGCUGAUUGGUCGAACUCAGACAUCCACUGCCAGCGCAGCCACAAUAUCUCAGCAGGCCAUGCUUCUAGGAAACAGACCUGCCAGCUGUAACCAAGCUCAGAUGUACCUUCGAACUCAGAUGCUGAUUCUAACUCCUGCAGCCACAGUAGCUGCAAUUCAGUCAGACCUCCCCACUGUGACCUCCUGCUCCUCAUUACCUACCUCCUCUCAGAAUCUGGCUCUGCGUACCCAUUUGCCGGGAGCUCUGGCUACAGCCCACAGCGUCAUCUUAAAACCUUCCACCGAGUCCCAGGCCCUGCCUGCAGCCACCUCUUUGUCCAAGAAUCCAGUCUGUGGGCUGAAGAGCACCCAACUGACUGAUGGCUCAACAGAAACAGCGCCAUCUGAUGCCACCUCGUUGGUGUCAGGACCCCAGAUUAUAACCCCAGCCUACCCUCCAGUGCAAACCCACACUCUAGUCAAGCAGCAGCUGUCCUGUCCAGUAGGCCAGCAGGUGGCGCACCACCAGCUCAUCGUCCAGCAGGCCACAGGAGGGGCUCCCAGCAGCAGACAGUUGCAACCAAUUGCCCUCAGAGUAGCACCCCGAGAUACCCACUCCAAUCCUCUUCCUCUGUCGGUUAAAAGACUAACCGCCUCCAGCACCUACUCACAACUACGAAACGAGCCCCCAGCCCUGUCUUCUUCUUCCUCCCCAUUAGUCACCAGCAUGCUUGCAUCAUCACCUCAGACUUCAGUCCCAGCUGCUGCCGUUCAGCCUCAGCCACCUCCUCUGGUGGCUGCGCCACAGCGUCGGACCUCAUUCCCACAGAGCCAGCAGCCUCCACCUCCUCCUCCUCCUCUCAUUCUCCCCAGGCUGCCCCAGAACCCCCCAGCCUCCCUUCACAGGGUGUCCCUGCACUCAGUCCGGGCUUUGGCUGUCCAGUCAGGACAGGUACUGCUAACGGAGCGGGAACUGCCUGUGGCGGAGGCUCUGGUCCAGAUGCCCUACCAGAACCUGCCACCUCCUCAAACGGUGGCUGUUGAUCUGAAAGUGCAUCCAGUCAAACACAACGAAACUGCACCCUUGGGGCAAAAGUGCAACGUGAACAGUCUGAGCUCAGAGGAAAGGAAAGAUCCUCCAAGUUCAGAACAAGACGGGACCGCUACACCACCCAAUCAAAAUGGUUCAGCAGUGACGGGUUCAUCCUCCAUCACCCCCAGCCACUGGAGGAGUCCUCCAGUGGAGGAGUCCUCCCAGCUCACGACCACUGACAAUAGCGGCAAUAGUGGCACCAACAACCCUCCUCCUCCACCACCUUCUCCUUUACCUCCUCCCCUCCUCCCUGCUUCAGCACAAGUCCCCAGCCAGCCUCCUUCUGCCCCUGCAAGUCUCCCAGGAAGCCCCAAGAGGUCAACCCACGUCCUCACACACCUCGUGGAGGGCUUUGUCAUCAAAGAGGGCCUGGAGCCGUUCCCGGUGGGUCGGUCAUCACUGUUAUCGGAGCAGCAGGCUUCCCUUCCAGAACCCCAGGACGUACCGACCAAUGGGGAUGCAGCAGACGACAGUCCUCUGGAUGCUGACCAGUCAGAUUCAUCUGACUCUGAGAUGGAAAAUGACGGCCCUACAGGAGAAGAGCUCGGGGAGAGUGUGCCAGACGUGUUGCAGUGUGAGUACUGUGGAAGCAGCGGCUACGCUCGCACGUUUCUGCGCUCCAAACGCUUCUGCUCCAUGUCGUGUGUCAGAAGGUUCAGUGUGAGCUGCACCAAGCGUAUCGCGGUGCUGCAUGCAGGUCGCUUGGCUCACAGGCCUUUGGGAAGGAGAGGACGACCCCCCAGCCGAGUCAACGGAGCCUCCAGAGAGCACUUUGUGAUGCAGCGGCGGCGUAGCUUAUGA